CUGCUCCUGCCCAGCGCCUGAGAUCGCGAGCUAACUGCCGGCGCGCUCCGUUCCUCUCCCUUCCUCUCCCUCGGCAGCAGGAGCUCGGGCUGCGGGAGGCGGCUCCACCCCUUUGGAGUUGAUCAGUAAGUGUGGCCGAUGGUGUAAUUGUGAGGCCGUCAUGGCAGCAUUUAAAGGCAUCUGGACCAAGUCCUUCUGGAAGUCUGUGUCAGCAGAAUUUUUGGCCAUGCUCAUUUUUGUCUUCCUCAGCCUUGGCUCUACGAUCAACUGGGGUGGGAUUGAAAAACCCCUGCCUGUGGACAUGGUCCUUAUUUCUCUGUGCUUUGGACUCAGCAUUGCAACAAUGGUCCAGUGCAUUGGACAUAUCAGUGGUGGCCAUAUUAACCCUGCAGUAACCGUUGCAAUGGUUUGCACUCGGAAGAUCAGCCUUGCCAAGUCAGUCUUCUAUAUUGUAGCCCAAUGCCUGGGUGCCAUCGCAGGGGCAGGAAUACUCUAUCUGGUCACUCCAUCAAGUGUAAUUGGGGGAUUUGGUGUUACCCAGAUACAUGCAGAACUUUCCAGUGGACAUGGGCUCUUGGUGGAGCUGAUAAUUACCUUCCAGCUGGUUUUUACUAUUUUUGCCAGCUGUGAUUCUAAGCGAAAUGAUGUCACCGGUUCUGUGGCAUUGGGAAUUGGACUCUCGGUUGCAAUAGGACAUCUAUUUGCUAUCAGUUACACAGGGGCCAGCAUGAACCCUGCUCGGUCAUUUGGGCCUGCAGUUAUCAUGGGAAACUGGAAAGAUCACUGGGUAUAUUGGCUGGGACCAAUUAUAGGAGCUACCCUGGCGGGUGCUCUUUAUCAAUACGUCUAUUGCCCUGAUGAUGAUCUUAAGUUCAAGGAAAAUAAGACAACCCAGCAAUCCAAAGGAAAAUACAUUGAAGUAGAAGAUCCCAAGAGCCAGAGGGAAACAGAUGAUCUACUCCAGAAACCUGGAAUUGUCCACUUCAUUGACCUUGAAAGGGGUGAUGAUAAGAAAGGAAGGGAUCCUACCAAUGAGGUGCUAUCAUCUGUAUGACUAGCAAGAAGCACUGGAAGCAGAGACCAGCCUGCCAGUAUAUCCACAGAUAGUUUUCCACCUAUAAAAGAGACAGAUCUGUUGUGAGUUUGUAUCUUGAGAUAUUUCAAAUGUUGGGCAAUAUCAUCAAUGAAUUAGCUGUUCAAUAAGAUCCUAUGUGAGAUGAUAGUUUAUAUAUAAAACUAAUAAGAACUAAUAUUUAGAAUAAAGAGAGAAGACAAAAGAACUAAGAAAAAAAGAAAUCCAUUUUAUGAAAUUCUCUCCAAAAUUUAUAUCUUCCAAAAUUUUAAAAAAUAGUUCAUUUCUAAUUUCUUCUUGGGAAUCCUAUGUCCUUUAUACAAAAAUAGAAUAAUACUGAUGAUUUUUUGGGGGGGUGUUGCCAUAUUAUCCAUUAAUACAGUGUUCCCCCUUUUGAAAUUUCCAUAUUUUUUCUUUUUCAUUUCUUAAUUUAUAUGGUAAAUGUUUCCCCAAUUUAUUUGUAAAUUCAAUUUUUUUGCUUUGCAUAAUUCAUUUUAUAUCCAUUUGUUUUAUUGUUAACAUCAACAACUGUUGUUGUAAAAUUAUAAUUUGAUAAGAAAUAUUUAUCUUCCUUGGAAAUUUUAUUGUUCUUGUUGUAUCCCAUUAAGAUAGCCUAUAUUUUCCUUGGUUCUUCUUUUUAAGACCAGUAUUAAAUUAUAUGCUAUCCUCUCAUAAAAACUUUAUUUGCAUCCCACACCAUUCUUAAAUCCAUGCCCACAGUUAAAUUAUGUUCAAAAAUUCUGUUAAAUUCUUUUUAUAAUCCAUUAUUCUUUUUAUAAUAGUAUUUCAUUUAAUCUCCAUCUUAAAGUAGUAGCUUUCUCUUUAUAAACCUAAUUCAUAAGAUUAUGAUCAGAACAAGUUUUGGCAAGAUCCCUACUUUAGAAAUCUUAGUAGCUAAUUCAACACUUAUCUAUUACUGAAAAAAAUUAUGUCUUUCUGAAUAAUAAGCAUAUUCUUUAGAGUUACCAUUUUUUUCUGUCAUGCCUACACUAACUCUAAAUUGUUCAUCAAAUCAAAAUGGCAUUUGGUAAUUUACCUUGACUGCUUUAAAUGUUUUUCUCAGAUGUUCUAUCUAAAUGAGGGAGAAAAAACGCCUCAUUCCAAUCUCCAUCAAACACCAAUUUUCAUUAGAAAAAAAAGUAUUAAUUUCUCUAUUAGUUGUUUGUGCCACAUUGCUUUAUCCUCAUUGUUUCAUCAGACCCAUUCUGUAAAAUGAUAGCAAUGUUCUAAACUGAGGGAACAUCAUACAUUAUAUUCAAUUCAUAAAUAUUCUUGUUGAUGUAUUGAAGGAGAAUCUGAAUGAAUGAAUGAAUGAAUGAAAGAUACAUUGAUUUUAAUGCAAUCAGUCAUUAGACGGAAAGAGAAAAUUUAUCUUAAUUUGCCCAUAGAAACAAGAAACUGUUCUUGUGACACUUGUGACACAACAGCCAAUUAAGUGUCUUCUGACACUUAAUUGGCUGUUGUCAAUUUUCAUUAGUAAUUUCACUGUAAAGUCUAUGACAAAUUCAGUGGGACAUGAAAAACCCCUAUCAGCAUUUGUUGAUGCUUCCUUCCCAACCUAUAAAACAUUAAUUAUUUUCUGUUCUUCUCUCUACCAAAAGUCUUCCUCAUUAAUAAUCUUGCAACCAAAAUUAUUUUACAUCCUAAAUAAUGCUAAAAAUAUACACCAAUUCCUUAUCCCUCCCAUGCAAAAGAUCUCACAAGGUAUAGCUGCUCAUCAUAAACUGAUAAAAUGUGUAGGGAUCAGAAAAAGGUGGAUGCUGAUUUCAGUGCACUUAUUCAAACAAAUGAAGCAUUACUGUGCCAAUUUUAUAUACAUGAAAUGUUUAAUCUCAUCCAUUUUGCAUACACUGUGAUUUUUUUAAAAGUAAUUAUAAUAAAGAGGUUUAUUUAUUAAUUGUUUAAAAUACUAUUGGAAUAUUUUUUGGUAACUGAUGUUUUGCAUUCAAAUAUUCUGUGACUAACAAAAGCAUACAUAGGAAGGAAAAAUUAUUCAGAAAAGCAUACAGAAUGUUACUUUGGACAGUCACUGGUGUUUAUGGCUUAAGCUGCUCACCCCUAGCAUGUAUAUAUUGGAAAGACAUCAUUAGCAAAGGCCUAUGUCAGUGGUGUCAAACUUACGGCCCGCGGGCCGGAUGCAUCAUAUGCUGGCCACCCCAUCCCCAGCUUAGCGAAGCAGAAAAAAGUUGUGAUACAUCACGUGAUGACGACGUGAUGAUGCAAGUUUGACAAUCCUCCCAAUUAAGAGGUCUCUGCAAUCUCUCCAUACAUCAAUUUAGAGAAGGCCAGAAACAUCAAGACUGUGUCCCUUCCUCUGGAGUGGCAUGCAUGAUUCAUACAAAAAUGGUGGGGCUUGAAUUAUAUGUCAUAAACAGAAUCCUGGCUUUUCUGAUAUUCCAACAUAUCCUGCAUCAAUCAGCUGAAAUAGUGUUUGUCUGCUUUGGGAACUUUAAAACAUAUGGAUUUCAGCUGUCGGGUCUUAAGGUUGCUAAGGUCAACAAACAUUGAAGUAGAGCAUGGAAUGGCAUGUGAUAGUAUUUGGUGAAUUGGUUGCAUGCGUUUAUAUGCUACAAGUGAUUUUGGCUGAAACGUAGUAAUAUUUACAUUUGCUAACUGUAGCCAGUGUUAUAAUUUUAUUAGUGAUAUGAUUCUUUUGUUCAGAACUCAUCAGUCUCCAUUAAUGGCUGAUUAGUGAAAUGGAUAAAUAUAUAGUCCCACUCUGGCAACACACAUUCUUACAUGAAAUGAUGGCUAGGGCUACCUUACUAAUAAUGGACAUUUAUAUGCUGUAAAAAGUAUACAAUGUCCAGUAUAAGGUUCUUUUACCCUUCCUAUGGAGGGAAAUCCAUCUACCAGAGUAUGAAAUACUUAAGUAUGAAAUACUUAACUUAAUACUUAAGUAUGAAAUACUUAACUGAGUUAAUUAAAAGUGAGAUUGUAAGGACUUCUGAAAAAAGAACAAUAAAAAUAUCGGUAAACUGAUGCUUCAAUGCAUUUUGUGUCUUGAAAAUACUUCUUGCAAAUAAAAAUCUAGAUAAAUCUAGAAAUCUAGAGCCAAGGUGGCGCAGUGGUUAAAUGCAGCACUGCAGGCUACUGCUAGAUCAGCAGGUCAGCGGUUCAAAU